GAAAGUACUCAUUUGUUGUGCGUAGCUGCGAGAGAGCCCAAGCCGCUCGUGCUCCGCCGUGAAGCUUCUCGCACCUGUAUCUUGUGACGCGCCCGUGACGUGUUAUGUGACGCCACACUUGUACACCACCAGCACACGUGCCGCCAGUUGUCUCUCUUGGACUGUCAGGAGCUGCCUGCUAAACUCCACAGUCCCUCCCUCGCUCUCACACACACACGACCCACUGUGCUAACGCCCGGGAUACCUACCUCGUGUGGAUGUUGUGCCUGUGCCCGCCAUGCAGUGUUCGGCUCGCUAUUAUACAGUGUUACACCGUGUCCUGACCGAGUCCUAGUGCCAUACCCAAGUGAUCCUCGGAGCCUGACCGCAGAGUCAUCCUUCGUCUCUGUGUACAUUAGCGUGCUACCCUGCCAUUGUGUGUACAAUACUGUGCUACAUUUGCUACUGUGUGUGUACUACUUAUCCUGUGUGAUAUACAGUGCUGUGCUGAUAGUGACCCCAAUAUACUACAACACCACUGGGUGUGUGUGAACCGUGAAUGACUUCUGUUCCUGGAUAUCUGUACUGGCUUCGAAACCUUCUUCUCACCUGAGCAUUGAUAUCCCCACGGAACUGACACCUACAAUCGUUUAAGGUACGACCUGUGAGUCCUCAGUGUAUGCAUGCUGGCAAUACAGUAUCGACUUCGUUCACAUUUCCCAGAUUAAAGAGUCCCGCCGACGUAAAGUUGUCACGGGUUCCUGGUGGCGGUGUUGCCUUUGUUCCACUUCGAGCCGCCCCCACCAUCAUGCCCUUUAUCGACGACAAUCUACUUUGGUGUCCCGACAACGACGGCAAAAUGGUCGACCUCUCUUGCCUGGAUCCUGGAGGAGGAAACGCUGCAGACAACAGCGCCACUCCAGGGGGACAUAACAAUGACCAAAUGACCCCAAUGGGAAUGGGGGUCAUCGGAGGCCUCGCCUCGUCUCACCCGUCCUCAGCCCCUGAAUGUGGGGACCUCGCCGAACUCUCACAGGCUGACCUUAAGGGACUCGUUGGCGAAAUGACAGAGGAUGAUGAGAUCUUCACAAGCAUCUCUGAUCCUAUCAUUGAACUUGAUAAUAUUUUUGCUGAGAUCCCGCAGGUCGAUGACUCGUUCCUGUCGGGGAAUCCUGUCGGAAACGAGAGAAUGAGAGGGCGAUGUGGGCGGGAGGAUGCCAUCCCCGCCACGCCCACAGAUUCGGCCAAGACGCCCUCAGACCUUCAUUUGAUACAGAUAAAACAGGAGUUGGAGCAGCUUGGAAGUAGCGACGAGGAACCCAUGUCAACCAGCACCCUGGAGGCAGUGUCCAGCACCAGCACUCUGAAUUCAGUCCUCCGCUCGUCGCCUCUCUCUGGCCCCAACCACAAUCACAAUCACCUCAUCUCCCAGCUCAUCAACAAUCCAAUGGCCUCUUCCAAUAGUAAUAACAAUCUUCACAACACAAAUGGCAACCAAUCUUUUGCCAGUUUGCUCAAUGACUCCGAGACAAACGGAGUCGGAAAUGGAUGCUCCAGCACCUCCCUGCUCCAGAAUGCCUUGCAGAACAACGGCUCAGCAAAUGGAUUGAUAGAUGCUCGCCACAUCAAAAGAGAAAAUUCUGUGGCAGCUGCUAAUCCCUUGCUAGCAGGACUUCUAUCUUCUCCCUUCGACCGACCAAUGGGCAGUCCGGUCACCAACCAGUCACCGACACAAACCCUGCCUGGUCUCCUUGGUCACAUCAAAGUCAAGAAGGAAGUGCUUGACCAUCACCAUGACUCCUGCAAAGUUGACACCGAUGGAGGUCGUGUGGUCGGCCCCCACCAUGCGGACACGCUGCACCACCACCACCACCACACCCACCACCAUCACCACCACCAACACCACCUCAACAGCGUGGCCAGGUCCAGGGAGCAGCUCCUGCAGGAGCUCAUCUCGUCGGGCCAGCAGAUGCCGCCGCACCUCCAGAGCUCAAGUAACAACAACAACAACAGCAGUAGUAUGUACAGCCCCGGCGCCACCUACCCGCCCCCUCACCCGGCCGCCCACACCGGACAUCGGACGGCCUACUCUGCCUCUCAGCCAAACACUUCCGUAGGAGGGUCCCUUCCCCCCUCGCCGGCGGACUCAGGCGUAUCUGACGUGGACUCUUCCAGCGGACACACCAGUAAUGACGAGUCCAAAACCAGACUACACCUCACAGUGUGUGGCUCCCGGACCCCGGACUCCCCGUCGUCGGGCGCCGAGGCAGGAGGAGGCGGCCUGCCGUCCUUCCACCCGACCUACUCUCCACAACAACUCCACAUUCGGUCCACGUCACAGCCGCCUCACACCCCCAACCCCUUCCCCAGGCCUCAAGAUUCUCAGGUGAUGGGCGGGUACGGCGGAGUGGGUGUGUCCGGCGGCUACCUCGAGGGCGGUUCCCCCGGGGGCGUGGCCGCCGCGUACGGCGUAACCUCCCCUCAUUACACCGGCCACUCCUCGGGCCUCACCUCCCCCCUGCUCGGCCCUUCAGCCUCACACAUGAACCACAUGGUCACCUCGGGCAUGGGCGCGGCUCCCUCCACGGCGUCCCCCUCCUCCUCGUCCUCUGCCGAAGACUUCUUCUUGGGCGACAUGGGCUUCCCUCCCAGGAUGAAGAAGAAGGGGCGCAAACCCAAGCCCGCGGACGGCCAAGGGCAGCAGCCGGGCAUGAAGAGGAAGAGCAGAGAAGGCUCGACAACUUACUUGUGGGAGUUCCUUCUGAAGCUGCUUCAAGACAAGGAAUGUUGUCCUAAGUACAUCAAGUGGACCAACCGCGAGAAGGGCGUGUUCAAGCUUGUGGACUCCAAAGCUGUGUCGAGGCUGUGGGGUCUCCACAAGAACAAGCCCGACAUGAACUACGAGACCAUGGGUCGCGCUCUUAGAUACUACUACCAGCGUGGAAUCCUGGCCAAGGUCGAUGGCCAGCGCCUCGUGUACCAGUUCGUGGACGUCCCCAAGGACAUCGUCGAGAUCGACUGCACCGGAGCGUAAGCGGAAGAGUUGAAACUCCACUGGGUCAUGGACCGUCGCCAAAUGCUUGCUACAAGUAGUCGCAUCGGGCCGAGCGCGAGUCGACAGUCGCAAGGCAUUGAGGAGCAGAGCGCGGCGACGACCUGGCGCCGCGCCCUCCCGCCCGCGCGCCCUGCCGAGGCUCAGCCGCUCAAGACGAAGUGAUCCCGACGGUGGUGGUGCAGUCGAGGCACAACACAGCCACCUGCGUCGUUCAGCGCAAUGGUUUCCUUCCGACAAUAAAAAGAGCCCGUGACGUUCAAGAAAAAAGUUUUUGUAAUAUAGAUAUUCUAUGAGAAAAGGAACUGAGCUUCCUGUAGCCUAUUUCUGUAUAUAUUGCCUCCAAUCUCUAUAUUGUAAUGACUAUCACUCGCCAUGAGUUUUGUAAAUAGUAUAUAGAUAAGAUUAAUGAUGAUAAUUAUUUUAUUACAUGCGCCUCUUAAUCGAAGUGGCAAGACUCCGUGUCGAACACUGUGAGGCUCAAUCUCCUCCUACCCCAUCCAGAAUGUGAUAGCAGGCAGCCCGCGGACACACUAUGAAACAGGGCUGAUCAGUGUAGGUUGUAGUGAGACGAGUCCGUAGCCGCGCCUCAUUCUUACAAUAUCCCUUGAGCGUGACUUGCUACUCGCGCCCUUACUACUGGAUCCAUUCGGAAUCGUAGCGUAUCUCAGACCAGUGACAUUAUAUAUAUAUAUA